AUGUUUUCCUUAUUAAUUCGUCGUGAAUUGUCGUUCUUUCGACAUCUGUACAAGCAAUAUCGUUCUCAUUCGAUUGUUACACAAUCGGAAGAAUUAAUGGAACAAUCAUCAUCAAAGUUAUAUAACUGCACUAAUGAACAAUUAUCAACAGUAUUAACAAAUUUAAAUACAUUAUCACCAAAAAAAUUAUUAAAAAAUGUUCCAUCAUUAAACGAAACACAGAUAAAACAAAUAAUAACAUUAAAAAAAAAAUUAGGUGGAAAAUUUUUAUCAUUUGAUAAUCUAAAACGUUUAGAACAAUUUAUUGGCAAUAUGGAUCAUUUUUGUCAGAUAGUGUCAAGUAUUGAACCACAGAUUGAGGAAGGAUUUACAACGAAAAAAAUUCAUAUAAUGCCAAAAUUAAACAGUAAAACAGCUCUGAAUAUUCAAACAGCUGCAAGCGUCGAAAUAACACCACCGUUCAUCUACUGGAGUACACUAACAAAUGAUUUUAUUGUUAAAGAUUGGAAUUAUUACGAAACAAAUAUUGAUAUGAGAAAAGUCAGAUUUUUAGAUGUUUAUAAUGAGUUAGAUUCGGCAAUCAAUGAACAUAUUCCACUGAAAAAUGUGAAUGCACUGUUAAUAGAAGAAAAUAUUUAUCGUUAUCCAAAUUUGAAUUUAGUGCCGUAUAUUACCACUUUACAACAAAUUCGUUCUAUAUUUUCAACAUUAAUUCAUAAACAUAGUGAUGCAACUAAUAAUCUCGUUUAUCAUUUGAAUGCACGACAUAUUCAACAACGUUUUAAUUUACUUGUCGGAAAUGAAUUAACAAGUACCGAAUUAUAUGUAACACGAAUGUUAUUUGGAAAUGAAACGUUCUCAGAUAUUAAAGUAAAUAUUAAUCAAAAAAUUCAGUCGAAUUAUGAUCGAGCAGAAUCAAAAGUAAAAUAUGAGCAUAAAGUGGAAGAGAAAAAUCAAUUAUCAUUAAAUAUUGACAAUGAUAUAACAUCAAAUUAUCAACGAUCAAAAAAUGCGAGAAAAGAACCCAUGGCCAAUUGUUUAUUGAGAACAAUUGCAUUUAUGGAAUUAGUUAAGUCAAAAACAAGAACAAAAGAGCUAUCGAAUACGAGUCAAGAGACAGAAGAUGAAGCGUAA